GUCCGUCAGAGACGCGUUCAGGAUUCAGAUCUGUUCAGGACACAGCGACCACAGACCAGGACACAGCGACCACAGACCAGGACGCGGACCUGCCACAGAGUCCUGCAGCGACCUCACAGACCCGGAUACAAACCAGGACCCAGAACCGAGACCGGAUCAGAGAUGGACACCUGUCUGUAGCUCAGUGAUGGCUGCCAUGUUUCCUGGAUGUGGAGGUGACAUCAGAUCCAGACUUCAUGUUGGUCGUCAUGGCAACGCUGGAUGGAAGCACGCCAGUUGAGACUCUUCUGGCUGCAAUUCAUCUGGAGAGGUACCUGGACACCUUCCGUAGAGCUGCUCUCCUAUUGGCUCAGGACUUCACUCACCUGGACCAUGAUGCUCUGGUCAGUCUGGGCGUGACCGCCACUGGACACAGGAAGAGAAUCCUGCGCCUGGUCAGUCACAUUCAGAAGUCACAGGCACAAACAUCCAAUCAGAGAGCGGUGUCUGAUCUGCCACGUGACCGCUGUCAGUCUGCGUCUUCAUCAGAGCGCGUUUGUGGCUCCGCCCCUCACCGCCGCUCCACAGGACCUGUGAACUUUGAGGUUUUGAGAAAUAGUUCUGAGCCAAACCUCGCCGCCAUGUUGACAAACUCAGAGUCCAGCAGAGCUGCGGUGAAGCCGGUCCCCAAACCCAGGACUGUCUUCAACCGCCGCAGGACUGCACCCGUCCACUUCUGUCCCACCCCUGACCCGGCCCCACCCCCAGCCCGCAGGCUCUCCCAGGAGUCCAUAUGUUUCACCAUGUUGGACAGUCUCACCUCCAGGGACACGCCCACUCCUGGCAACAAGUUGAACUCUGAUCUCAAUGACAAACUGACCACACCCCACAGGAGGCGGAGCCGACCAGAGAGGUCGAGGCCCACUCGAAGUUUGUCUCUAUCAGACACCGGCGGGUCGUUGCCACCUGUUCCCCCGCGUAUGAACCGCUUAGUUCCUCCCUCAGUCCACCAGGAGGCUCCGCCGUCUUCUUCUCCACCUGUGCAGACGGAGCAGAACCAUACUUUGUUGACUUCUGGUCCUGGAAGUGGUGAGAGCAGCGGACACUCUGGAUCCACAGGGAUGGAGAUGGUCUCAAAUGACAUCUACUGGGGCACUUUACCUGUAUCUACUGCCCCCGGUGGAGAGAGAAGUCACUGCAGCCAACUGUCAGCUCCUCAGACUCCGCCCAGACAAACCUCUGAGAGGAACAGUUGCAGCAAUUUAAGUAACAAUUCUUCAGGAUCAACCAGAGUGUCCACUGAUGACCCUGAAGAGGACAUCAGUCCAUACUGUGAGACGGUUUUUCACAGCAGAAGAACCGUCUCUGAGAUUGACAGAAGAGGAGUGGAAGCAAGAGACAUGAGGAAGGAAGAGUGGAAAGACGCAGAGGAUCAUGGUCAGAAGUUGUCGUGGACAAAGCGUCUGUCUCAGGCUCUUCACUCUGGAGAUUCUCAGGGCUACAGCACCGUUGGCGAAGCCCCGCCCCCUCUACAUGGACUGUCCCUGCCCCCCCACGAGACGGACGACGACUUGACCAUUUCCCCCUACGCCAGCUACACCUCCCUGACCGAGAGAGCCCCGCCCAUCAUCAGUGGCUGGCUGGACAAACUGUCUCCACAAGGAAACUAUGUUUUUCAGAAACGCUUGGUGAAGUUUGACGGGAAAAACCUGAUGUACUUUGGCAGCGAGAAGGAUGUUUAUCCUAAAGGAGUCAUCCCAUUGGCAGCCAUCCAGAUGUCCCGCCCCUCCAAAGACAACAAGUUUGAAGUAGUGACGAGUCAGCGGAUCUUUGUGUUCCGGGCUGAAAAUGAAGUGCUGCGGCGCCGCUGGGUCUCCACUCUGCAGGAACACGUCAGGGAUCAGCUGGUGUUCGGACGCCGGCGUUUCGGUCCCGGGUCUCACUGUCAGAAACACGGCGCCCUCGAGCUGAAGGGAACUAAGUCCAAAGUCUACGUCGCUAUAAACACGGAUCAGAUAUGGAUCCACAAGAGCGAGCAGUGUUUUCGGAACGGAAUAGGAAUCACGGUGAUCGAGGCUCGCGGUUCCACCAUCAGAGACGGAAAACACAAGAGCUUUGACCUCAUCACGCCGUUCAAAAGCUUCAGCUUCAACGCAGAGUCUGAUCGUGAGAAGCGGGACUGGAUGGAGGCACUGCAGGAGUCCAUCGCAGAGACGCUGUCUGACUACGAGGUGGCCGAGAAGAUCUGGUCCAACCGAUCAAACCGGACCUGUGCCGACUGUAAGGCCCCGAACCCGGACUGGGCAUCCAUCAACCUGUGUGUGGUCAUCUGCAAGAACUGUGCAGGACAGCACAGAAGUCUGGGGACGAUGGUCUCUAAAGUCCAGAGUCUGAAGUUGGACACCAGUGUGUGGAGUAACGAGAUUGUCCAGCUGUUCAUCAUGCUCGGUAACGACCGGGCCAACGACUUCUGGGCGCCGCGUCUGUCGCCCUCAGACGAGAUGGACUGCGACGCGUCGCCUGAACAGCGGCGGGAGUUCAUCACACAGAAGUACAGAGAGGGAAGGCUCCGCCUCCCUCACCCUGCGUUCAGCAGCCAGGAACAGCUGCUCAAGGUGUUGUGUUCGGCCGUUUCUGAACAGACGCUUCUGAAAACUGUCACUCACAUUUUCUCGGAGGCGGAGUCAGCUCGUCUCACCAACGACUUUGAUUCCACCCAACAGCACCACCAGGUGUUGGAUCACUGCACUGCAUCAGGUCUGAACUCCACUGUUAGCAUGUUAGCAUAGUGUGUGUGUGUGUGUGUUCUGUCAUAAACACUGACCUUGUCGGGACCAGUAGAGACCAAAACCUGGUCCUAAUGAGGCAGAACCUCAUUUACGAGGAACUGGUUUAGUUUAGGACUAAGAUUUGAAUUGUGGUUAUGGUUAAGGUUAGUGUUAGUCAUUAACUGGUUAGGGUUAAGGUUAGUGUUAGUCAUUAACUGGUUAUGGUGAAGGUUAGUGAUAGUCAUUAACUGUUAUGGUGAAGGUUAUCGUUAGUCGUUAACUGGUUAUGGUUAAGGUUAGUGUUAGUCAUUAACUGGUUAUGGUUAAGGUCAGUGUUAGUCGUUAACUGGUUAUGGUUAUGGUUAGUGUUAGUCGUUAACUGGUUAUGGUGAAGGUUAGUGUUAGUCGUUAACUGGUUAGGGUUAAGGUCAGUGUUAGUCAUUAACUGGUUAUGGUGAAGGUCAGUGUUAGUCAUUAACUGGUUAUGGUUAAGGUUAGUUAGUGAUGAGACUUUGUUUAGUCUUUUUAAAUGACUGGACAUCAAUGCGUCCUGUCUGUCUGUGUGUGUCUGUGUGUGUGUGUGUGUGUCUGUCUGUCUGUGUGUGUGUGUUUGUCUGU